GAGCGCUGAAGACCGCAUGCUGUGUACAGUUAUGGUGUGUCUGUAGAAUCGCUUUAUCGUAACGAUUCAUAGGAGUGAAUUUACAUCAGCUAACCAUAGGCACCUAGUUAAAAUAUGCGCCUUGUCGCCGUCGAAGGAAACAAAAAACGAAAUGAAGCGAAGAAGAACAGCCGCCACACCAGACACCCCCUCUUCAGAGGGCGGUGGUACCAAACGUAAGAGCAAAGCUUCUGGACUCCCCCAAGAAGCCUCCCAUUGGCGGGGCACCGCGGAGGACUGGGGGAACCUGCCGCACCUGGUGGUGCUGCACAUCUUCCAGCACCUGUCCCUGGUGGACCGGGCCCGGGCCUCCUCUGUGUGCCGAUGCUGGAACGAGGUUUUCCACAUCCCCGACCUGUGGCGCAAGUUCGAGUUCGAGCUCAACCAGCCAGCCACCUCCUACCUGAAGUCCACCCACCCGGACCUCAUCCAGCAGAUCAUCAAGAGGCACGCACAGCACCUGCAGUACGUCAGCUUCAAGGUGGACAGUUGUACCGAAUCCGCGGAGGCGGCAUGCAACAUCCUGUCCCAGCUGGUUAACUGCACCAUCAAGACCCUGGGUCUCAUCUCUACAGCCAGACCCAGCUUUAUGAACGUGUCACAGUCGCACUUCGUGUCGGCGUUGACAGUGGUGUUCGUGAACUCCAAGUCGCUGUCGUCAAUAAAGAUUGACGACACGCCGGUGGACGACCCGUCACUGAAGGUCCUGGUGGCCAACAACAGCGACACCCUCAAGCUGCUGAAGAUGAGCAGCUGCCCCCACGUGUCUCCAGCAGGUAUCCUGUGUGUGGCGGACCAGUGCCACGGGCUGAGGGAGCUGGCGCUGAACUACCACCUGCUGAGCGACGAGCUGCUGCUGGCGCUGUCCUCCGAGAAGCACGUGCACCUGGAGCACCUGCGCAUCGACGUGGUGAGCGAGAACCCGGGCCAGACGCAGUUCCACACCAUCAAGAAGAGCAGCUGGGACGCGCUGGUGCGCCACUCGCCCAAGGUCAGCAUCGUCAUGUACUUCUUCCUCUACGAGGAGGAGUUCGAGCCCUUCUUCCGCUACGAGGUCCCCGUCACGCACGUCUACUUCGGCCGCUCGGUCAGCAAGGAGGUGCUGGGCCGCAUCGGGCUCAACUGCCCGCGGCUGGUGGAGCUGGUGGUGUGCGCCAACGGGCUGGAGCCGCUGGACGAGGAGCUGAUCCGCAUCGCCGCCCGCUGCCAGAGCCUGGCGGCCAUCGGGCUGGGCGAGUGCGAGGUCACCUGCUCCGGCUUCGUAGAGUUCGUCAAGAUGUGCGGCAGCCGCCUCACCCAGCUCUCCAUCAUGGAGGAGGUGCUCAUCCCGGACAGCCACUACAACCUGGAUCAGAUCCACAGCGAGGUCUCCAAGCACCUGGGCCGGAUGUGGUUCCCCGACAUGAUGCCCACCUGGUAGACUCCGCCUCCUAAGUAGACCCCUCCCCCCUCUAUAAACUCCACCCACUGGAACUCCACAAUGGGAGGCUUAGGCAUAUACUCCAGGGGGAAAAGUAGAAAUAUAGGGUAAGUUUACCUAAAAAAAUACCUCUAAGGACGUUUAGA